AUGAAUGGCUCGAAAGUUUUCUCAGAGGCCUGUCCGCCGCCAAAGAUAGUGAGCGAUCCUCAAAAAGGUUUGUUCCAAAAAGAAAAGCAAACAAAAAUGACUUUUUUCGACUUCGGAGCCUUCGAAGCAUAUCUAAAACUUCUAACAUGACUUUCUCUAGAUCCAGUGACACCAUACCGGGCAGUGCCAUUGAGUACGCGCCAAAUAUUCGGGACUGUCGUUUCACUGGCCCUUUUCUCGUUCGUCUAUUUGGCCUACGCUCAGCAUCAUGCUCUUCUCUUUUACGUCAUGACUGGGUACACGAGCAAAUGUUUCAGAAAAUUAUGUAGAAGUGAAGCUUGAAACAACGCGAAAUUAUACAAGUUAUGAAAAAAAUAGUGAUAUCUAGUGGGGGCUUUUUUUAAUAGCAGAGCUUCAAUUGUAGUAAAAAAUUACUUGAUAAAAUGAGAAUGAAAAAUCUUUAUUAAGACGCACAUAAGUUUUAUUUUUAAUUUGCCCUUUGAUUGAAGUAAAUUUAUAUUGAAUUGAAAUUUUUUAAAUGGAUAAACAAAAAAACAAUUGUAAACACAGUUCGAAUAUCCAUGCGAAUUUUUUUAUCAAAAAAAACUUCACAAAAAAACUAAUUUGAAGUUAAUAUGACAAUGCGGAUAUUUCCGUUUUUUUCAUUCAUAUUUUUCAUAAUUUCAGUUUGGUUGGAAUUUACAUUGUGUUCGUCUACGUUUCGGGUAUUUUCGCCGUGCUCUACAUGGUGAUUGUCGACUACGAUCUCAGCAAAACAGCUUCAAUCGACGCUGGAGAACAGCAAGAAUCUUCUAUUUGA